AUUAUUUUGGCGAUGAAUGGGGUUGCUGAAGGAUUUAAUUAAGCUUUGACUCAUCGAUCGUGUGUCGACGGUCUGGCCCAGGGGAUUCCUUCAUUUCUGUGGGGUGAUUGAACGCAUAAAUCUUCAGCUAGGACGUACAUAUAUUCAUUUCCCUGGAGUGUAUUUUAUUGUGUCUUCAUAACAUCUUCUAGUCACAUUCAUAGAGAUAUCAUGUAUUAUAAGAUGAAAAUCAUCAUCGUUGGUGCUGGCUUAAGUGGCCUCAGCACGGCUAUCGCACUACGUAAAUUCAUUCCUACCAGUCAAUCCCUAGAGGUCAAAAUCUACGACAACAUCAAUCCAGCCACUGGCCAAGCUACAGAACAAGAAUCCUCAAACGUCGCCACGAGCCAGCUAGGUGCCGGAUUAGGACUUGAAGCCAACGGCAUUCGUGUUCUAGAUAAUCUCGACCCUACACUGAAAUCAAAGGUCUACGCAGCCGGCUUUCCAUGCACGCAUUUCACGUGGAAGACCGCGGGCGAUUGGCUGUUGGGUCGUGAAUAUGUCGAUGUUUUACCCAUAUCUAGACCAUUCCUCAUCAAUUGCUUACAAGAAACUCUUCCGGCGGGCGUAGUGAUACAUCAGAAGGUGGCUAGGGUUAUUACGCGACAAGGGAAGAAACCUGUAGUCCAAUUUGAGGAUGAGUCGCCGGACGAGACAGCGGAUUUAGUUAUCGGCGCCGAUGGAAUCCGCAGCACUGUCCGUCGGGACCUGUUUGGUGAGGAUGAAAAAUACCGACCUCAGUACGCGGGCAUUUGUGCGGUAGGAGGCGUACUUGACGUCCCUCUACCGAAGCAUCUUCUCGAUAACCCCACCAUGGUAUUUUACAUGGGAUCAACAGGAGUAUUUGGCUACACCGGCCUUACCCAAGCCGACAAAAACAAGCUCCUCUACUGGUCUGUCUACGAGACGGACCUACCUGGAAGAGGUCUGAAAUUAGACCACGAUCUUAUGAUUCAGCAGAUACGCGAGCGUCAUGGGGAUUGGACAGAUCCUCUCAUCCGCCAAUGUCUACAGAAAGCCAACCUAGACAACGUUUAUCCUAUCUUCGUCAUGCCGGAUCUUCCAUACUGGGGUCGCGAUGGAUGCGUGCUCGUCGGUGACGCUGUGCAUGCAUUGCCCCCGCGGAGUGGCCAAGGUGCAAGCCAGGCUUUUGAAGACGGAGAGGCAUUAGGCCUGCUCUUAUCCGGAUAUCUCGAGAAGGGAUAUGACACGAACGAGGCUAUCUCGCGGUCAAUCCUUGGACUUUUCGAAAUUCGCGCUGGAAGAGUUCAACGGAUUAGAGCAGAUGCGAUGCGCUGGAAAGACCCUAAGAUGCCUAUGUCGUGGCUGAAAACUUGCGGCUUGUACAUCACACUCUUCAUUUUGGUUAGGGUGAAUCGAGUGUUGAGCUUUUUCAGGCGUGGGGAAAGUUGGAACGUGCGAGAUGCUGUGAGUAAGUACCUAAAGCGAUGAUCAAUUUCUAUAUCGUGUUGUCACACCCUCAAAAGAUGAAAUAUGUAUAAAACGUACAAUUAGAUUAGGACUAUCCCCUCAUACUCAGAUAUAUAUCCAGACAGAUAGUAUUAUUCUACUUUGAAUUUGUCUUUGUUCGUAGCAGACCCACGUGGGGUUCAAAGAGGAAUCCUGAUUGAAAGCUCACGAUUGCGCAGCUCGUAUU